AUGAUUGGCUGCAUCGAGCCCUGUUCUGUUAUGAUCUCUCGACACCUCACACUUCCUCUCCUCAUCCACAGGCAUCGAAUCUGGGGCCCCUGGUCCCGCUUAGAUAUUCUCAGCUAUUCUGCGUACAUUGUGGCCAAUAUCUUGGUGGCUUUCUUCCAUAUACACUCCAUCGCCCAAGCUCACCGCCGAGCCGGAGAGCUGGCUCCCACCAACCUUAUCUACCCCUCAGCUACUCACCUAGGCUACCUCGCUGACCUUUUGGGUAUCCCAUGGAGCACUUUCUGCAAGAUUCAUCAGGCAACAGGUUGGAUGUCUGUUACUCUGCUGACUUUGCACGUGGUUGCAGAAUGCCAGAGCCCAGGAUUCAGUUUUCCUUUGGGAGGAACAGGUAACACGUUUACCUUGAUUGAUCAAGGUAGCUUGCCAAAACUGUACCUUUACGUCUCGUUGGUGAUCCUGUCGCUGAUCACGUUCCUAGAGAUUACUAGCUUUCUUUUACACGAACGCCUAUUUUCAGGCCACGGCGCUCCUCGGGCUUUUGUAUCCUUUACUCCAGAAGGGUCCCUCGCACAUCCUAAGCUACGAAAAGCGGCCCAGGUUCGUGUGGCUUUGCCUCGGCCAAUCAAGAUAAAAUUGGCCCAAUAUAUCAACCUGUGGAUGCCAUCAGUUGAAUCCUGGUCGUGGAUUCAAACGCACCAUUUCAUGAGUACACCUUGGUCGCGGGGAAGACAUGAUACCAUUGAGCUAUUCGUACAGCCACGAGGUGGCAUGACACCAGACCUUCUUCGUCUUGCCGCUGACGCUCCUGGCUGCCCUGUUGAGAUUGUUGAUGGGUAUGAAAUCGUGCUACUGAUUGCAAGCGGCUUUGGAAUCGCUGCAACGAUCCCGUAUCUGAAGAAGAUGAUACAUGGCUAUAAUACCUGUACCAUUCAGGUCCGUCGACUGCAUUUGGUAUGGCUGAUUAAAUUAAUCGGUGAGAAGACCCUUCCGCUUCCGCAUCUAAUUCAACCAGCGCACUAA